AUGGAGGGCGGCGGAGACUGCGGGGAGAGAGAAGUGGGGUCGUCGCGCGUCUGCAUUAACGUGGGCGGCACGUGCUACGAGACGACGGUGGAGACGGUGACGCAGCGCGACAGCGACUCCAUGCUGGCCGCCAUGUUCAGCGGCCGGCACACUCUGCACUACGACACCGCCAACAAGUCAUCCGUGUUCAUAGACCGGGACGGGCGGCACUUCUGCCACGUGCUCAACUGGCUGCGGGACGGCGCGGUGCCGCUGCUGGACGUGGCGCUCUUCCACGAGCUCAUGCGCGAAGCCGAGUACUUCCAACUCGGGGAGUUCCAUGCGCAGCUAGUGGCCACGCUCAAGGUGGAGGACGAUGACGCACCCGAGCUCACCCGCAAAGAGGUGAUCAUGGCCAUUCAGAGCAAGCGAGUGCGGUUACGAGGGGUCAACCUUAGCGGCAUCAACCUCUCCAAACUGGAUCUAUCGGGAGUGGACUUCAGCUUCUCGCGCCUAGUCGGCACAUUCUUCUCCCGGGCCAACCUGCAGUGCGCACUAUUCCGCGAGGCGGUGGCGGACGGGUGCAACUUCCACAACGCCACGCUCAAGGAGUGCGACUUUGAGAAGGCCACGCUGCGUGCCGCCGUGCUCUCUGCCGCCACUCUCGCCAGCGCCAACUUCCAAGACGCGUGUCUAGUGGAUGCGAGUCUGUGUGGGGCGGACCUACGAUCAGCGCACUUGCAGCCGCUAUGCCCCCAUCACCUGGUCACUGAUUCACAUUAUCUAAUUCCUCCCCCAUCCCAUCACGCCUACAAACCCCUUUUACGAACCCCUCCCUUCCUGUCUUCCCUUCACUCGUUCCCCUCUCUUCUCGCUUCUCCUGGCUGA